AUGGCUGCAAGUCGUGUACAGCGCUGGGCCGUUUUCUUGUCUGGCUAUGAUUUUAAUAUUAGACACAUCAAGGGGACAGAAAAUGGACCAGCUGACGCGCUAUCUAGAGUUUUAACUAAUGAUAUUAAUACUUGUAAAAACCAAAUUGAUGAGGCAAACUAUAGUUUUCUUAAUUUUGUAACGGAUGAAGCGGAAUGGAUCGAUAUUGACAUUGUUCGAAAUGAAACACUUAAAGACCCCGUUUUGAGUCAAGUUUGCGAAUUUUUGAGGCAAGGCUGGCCCGCAAAAAUCAAUGAACAAUUACAGCCUUUUAAAAAUAGACAGCUCGAACUGGCCAUUGAAAAUGAAUGCAUUCUAUGGGGCCAUAGAUUAGUCAUCCCAAUGAGCUUACAGGUAAUAAUUUUAAAAGAAUUACAUGAAGCUCACAUGGGAAUUGUUAAGAUGAAGGCGCUUGCUCGGUCUCACGUCUGGUGGCCAGGCAUUGACAAGGCAAUCAAAAAUACGGUCAAAUCAUGUGACCUCUGUUUACGGUUAAAUAGCGACCCCCCUCGCGCGUUACUUCACGUCUGGAAAUGGCCUGACGCACCGAACCAGCGCAUUCAUGUAGAUUUCUGCGGUCCAAUCGAAGGAUAUAUGUAUAUAGUGAUCACGGAUGCGUAUUCGAAAUGGGUAGAUAUUCGUGAGCUGCCAAACAUUACGGCGAACACCACCAUUAAGAUUCUGAAGGAAUAUAUAAGUAUAUGGGGUUUGCCAGGAACGAUCGUUACAGAUAACGGACCGACUUUUACGUCGGAAGAGUUCAAGAUGGGAAGAGAAUUAAAGACUAGAUUAGGCACCCUCGAGACGUCAGUGCGAGCCAAGGUAGAAAAUAACCAGAUAAAACAAAAAUUGUUUUUUAAGGGUAACCGCACCCAAGAAUUUGAUAUUAAGGAUUCUGUUAUGGCCAAAGAUGUUACGGGAAAUCAAUGGCGAAAGGCUNCUAACUCAGGAGCUGAAAUAAUUUUUUUUUUAGUUGGAUUGUAUCUCUUCGAAAAAUAA